UAAUCCUAUAGCAGUAUCACCUAUAAUGAGCAUGCCUCAACCUAACAUUGGGGCAAAUAAUGAGACCAAUAAUCCAGUAACUACGUCAUAUGGAGUCAACACCUCCAUUUAUCCAUCGAAUGUUGAGACAAAUAAAAAUAUUCCACCUUUUGCUAGUAAUUCUGUGGCAGUAUCACCUGAAAUGAGCAUACCUCCCCCUAACAUUGGGGCAAAUAAUGAGAAUGAUGAGACAAAUAAAAAUUUUCCACCUUUUGCAAAUAAUCCUGUGGCAGAGGCAGAUAAUGAGACUAAUAAUCCCGCGACAACUUCAGCUGUAAUAGACACGCCCACUUAUAGAAGUAUUCCACCUAGAAUAAACACAGAUCAUGAAAAAACAGAUCCUAAAGCUUAUCGUACUGAUCCUAGUGAAUUUCGCGUCGAUUACAAAGAUUUUCAACAUGGCGGCACAUCUACUGUUUCUACACCAAUCAUUCAGGUCGAUGAUGCAGAGCGGAACACUUCAAAUUUCAACAGUCUUUUAAAUUUUAGCAACCCACCUUCCCCUACUAGAGAGUUAGUAGAUGAUUCCAACACUACCAAUAUUUCAAAUGAAAACGACGAAUCUGCCUCAGAAUAUAUCGAUAUUCGAAAUCUUGGUGCAAAUAAAACUCCUACAUAUCGUCCUCAAGAUGAUGAUACAGUUCCACUUCCAAUUCCAAGUCAGUUAUCGACAAAUGAGGGUUCCACUUUGAGUAGUCCCAUACAUACUAAUUUGGAUCAUGAUAACGGUUCUCCUAAACAUACCGAAAAAGUACUACCAGAGAAUAAUAGCCCGAACACUUCAAGUUCUGAAAAUGUUAAGUUCGUUGAUUACCAACAGUACCAAAAUAACCAGCCGGGCGAUCGUUCUAAAGAAAAGCAAGGGGGGCUUAUUUCCACAGCUGUAAAAUCCGUAGGUUCAUUUAUAUUUGGAUCUAAAGAUGAUGAUAAAUAUGCAGGAGUAUCUCAAGUUACAUUUCAUGUGCAUUUACCGCAACAAAUUGAAAGACACGGUGAACCGGUGAUAAUGGGUAAUUGUGAAGAAUUGGGAAGUUGGAAGAUGAUUACAAUUCAAUUGACUCAACCACAUAAACAAGAAUAUCCAACUUAUUGGCGAUCACAUCCUGUAGACAUUCGGAUAGGAAGGAAUGAUAUUAAAUAUAAGUAUGGUAUCUUUAACCAAUACAGGCGCACCAUAGAUUAUGAAGGAGAGGGUGAGAGACAAAACCGCACUUUGGACACAAGUACAAAUGAUCAGUAUGACAUAUGGCUAAACAGUAGGAAGCAUAGUAUAUUUGGUCUUAAGGAAUUUGCAUUCAUUAAAUGCAUCUAUGAUGGUGUAAAUAAUGAAAACCUUAAAGAUAAAGUUAUGCAAUUCCAAUCAUUGUUGGAACAUCAUAGGAAUCACACAUUAAAUUCUAUCAGUAUCGAUUUUAUAAUGCAACGCUGUCAGGACAAAAGAGAGAAACGACUUUUUUUGUGUGUUCUCUUAGGGUAUCAUCUUAAGUACCGUAGUGGUCCAUACGCUUUCACUCCUCAAUUGCCAACACAUUUUCGAUCUGAUUGUUUACUUGAAGCACUCCAAUAUGUUCAAUAUGACACAUUCCCAACUAAUAUUAAACAAAUAAUGACUCCAGUUGUUGUUGUUUUAGUUCGUCAUAAUGCUAUUGUAAGGGGGUCAUUUGAAUGGCUUAGGAUCUUUCGGGUAGCGCAGCUUCUUGAUCCGAAUUAUGCCUUUGUCGAUGGAUUUACGGGUGCUCGUUAUGAUGAUAAACAAAUAUCCCACUUGUUAAAGGAAUGGCCGAAAAUAGUCAAUCCUUACUUGGAGCAGAUAGAUGAUCGUGUUUAUAUCAAAAUUGCCAAGUGGUUGAUUUCUUUUUGCUCAAAUAUGGAGACUCUUAAUAUAAUAUGGCGUGAUUGUAUUUAUCAUACACCAAGUAUUGAUCGUGAAAUUGCAAAUGAUUUCAACGGAACUGUUAAUAAAAUUAUUGCUCAUGACAAUGCCAGUGCUUUGUACGAGAAUUUUACUAAAGUUAUUCCAGAACACCGGGAGAUAGUUGCACAUCUUUUCCGUGAACGAAUAAUCAAUUUACUCAAGAAUCAGCAGGGCGGUUGGGACAAAAAUAAUUUGUCGGCGUUCGGAAAACUUCUUAAAGAUAAAGAUUUAUAUUUUGAAAGAGAGAAUUUUCUUAGUGUCAUAAAUUGUGUUUCUCAAUCAGCGGUUUUUAAUGUAUUGAACAUGUUUCCAGAGCUUCUAGAAUAUUGGAUUAACUCUAGAUUUUCAAAUACUAGGUCGCCAGAGGUUACAAACAUAUGCCAACAAUGGUUUACACGUAUCUUAUCAAUGCUAAAUUAUAAUCAUAACAUGCCAUUAAAUGAAGGUGGAAGAUUUAUAUGUGCUAUUUAUGAGCAUUUACUACGCUUACAGUCUUUACUAUCGGAGAAAUCAAAGAUUUACCAGGCAUUGUUACGUAUUGCUGAAGAACGAAUUAAAAAAUGUUCUCAUAAUCAUAUUCUCUUUGCAACAGUUCAAGUAGCGGCGCUUAACAAAUCUAUUACCAUACAGUUUUGUAACCUGGUAACUGAAAAUGUUCUCGUUGCUAGAGAAAUUCGGAAUAUAAAUAAUAAUCUUAUAGAGAUGAUACGUUGGAUUUGUGGUCAAAAUAAUAAAGUAAAUUUAGACAAUUUAGAUGUUCCAAAUAGCAUUAGCGAAAGCUUGUUAUGUCAUAUUAUGACUUGUUUGGAAAACCAUACUUCUCAGGUUUAUACCAGUGAUCAACAAUUGGAUCUCAUUAAACACACGAAUUUCUGGCGACUGAUUUUUAAUGCAAGAGGCAAUGUCGCAGUUUUACAUAAACAUUCCUAUGUUAUGAAAAUACGCACAGCCAUUUCUAAUUUAGCAAGCUCGAUUGUUGAUAAAACUAUCGAUAUUAAAACAUUACAAGCAAUUUUAUCAAAAUAUGAUAAGGACCGACAAUUGUCCGAAUGUCUUAAUGUUGCUAAUAGUCCUAAUACCAAAAAAACAUUUCAAAGUGUAAUUAUUAGCGAAAAUAAUAUUUCAGCCGUUCGCAAAGAGUGCAAGACAUUUGAAGACAGGUUUAGAUGUCUUAAGGCUUUUUAUAGCACUUUUUGUCCACCAGAUAAAAUUGCGGAUUCGGAGUUGUAUACUACUGAUUUAGAGGCAAAAUUAAAGAUGUUGUCGAAAGUACAGCUCAAAGAAGCUUUAUCUUCACGUUACUGGGAACGUCAUGAAGAUUUACUUCAGAAAGUGGCAGAUGCUUACGAAUAUGCAAAUUCAAUGACUUUUACUAACAUUUACGAAACACAUUUAAGUCAAAUUACUGAUGAAAUACAAGUUGAUUAUGUUAUUAAUACUUUGAUACCUGAAGUGCGUGAAGAAUAUCUUAAAACAUUCAAGAAAUAUAAAGAUAAGAAAUGGGAGCAAAUUAAAUAUUCCGAAGCAUUUCCUUUAUGGAAGGGUGUUGAUGAUGUAAAGACAGAGUUGGAAUUAAUUAAUAAAUCGGUUUAUUUGGGUAGAAAUAAUCAAGAUCUAGAAAAAUCUAUCAAACACCUUACUGCUAUACCAAAAUGGGAAGAACGACUUCACAAAUUAUCUGCAGUUGUUGAAAUUUUUAAUGUGUCCGUUAAAACCGAAGAUUGGUUAGGAAGAUCUUUGAAAAUUUUAAAAGAGGACGUAUUAGUUUUAGGAAAGGUUGUCGAAUUUGUAAAAUAUUGUAAAGAUCAUAAUCCAACAGAUAAUGAAAAUUAUUGGUUAUUGAUUAAAGAGUUAUCAUCUGCUAGCGACCUUGUGGAAUUUCUUCAAACCAUAGCUGAAAAUGAUAUUAAGAAUUUAAUCAAUGGUGUAGACGAUUUUUCUGAUGAACGGUUAAUUCAAGCAGAUACCGUCUCAUCGCUCAUUCAAGUUAAGCAGUCAGUCGUGCAAUUAAUGAACAAAUCCAGUAAAGAAUUUUUAAGAGUUUUGCUUAAAAUUAGUCGAGAAAAUCCAUCUUUGCCUAAUAAAAUCACA